GGUGAUGUGGACCAGACAGGAGUAGCCGAGCGCAGACACCCACAACCCCUCUAUGUGUAUAUUUUUUUAAUACUUUGUGAGGAAAAACUGUCAACCAUAUCCAAAGUGCAGGACCAAAGAGAAGUAAAUAAUGUAUGCUUUUGUUAGAUUCUUUGAAGACAAUAUGUGCUACGCGUUACCAGUUUCAAACGUGGCAGACUUCAGACCUCUGCACAAGACAGAUUUUGAUAAUCAGAAGGUGUAUCUGGUUCACAGAACAGAGGAGAAUGGCAGCGCAGGCCAGCCGUGCGAAGCACACAUUCUUGCCCUUGCAGACUCAUUAGAAGAUUUUGAAGACUGUAUAAUGCAAAAGAAAAUGAAAAUACCCAAGAUGUCUAUUAAGAAUUCAGGAAUUUCAAUUGAGAACAACUUUGGAGAAGACCGAAUGCCACUCAGACAUAAAAAGGCCCUUUCUCAGGACCAUGGGCGUCCCCUCUCUAACUCCUCUAAGAGCCUGGCUGCUGUAGUGGCUCGUCUGGAAAGGAACGCUGCGAGCUCCUGUGUGGAAGGGGAGGAAGACCUGGAUGAUGAGCGCCUGGCUGAGGGAGAUGAUGCAGACGAUGAAGAUGAGGAGAUGGAGGCCGAGCAGCAGAGACAUUAUCACCACCAGCAGCAGCAUCAUUUGGACGCAGACUCUCAGUGUGUGUCUGAAGUGGCCCCUGUGGUCCCCAGGGUCUUGUACGAGGAGCUGGUGCACAGCUACAGGCAGCAGGAAGAGGAGAUGAGGCGGCUGCAGCAGGAGCUGGAGAGGACCCGCAGGCAGCUGGUUCAACAGGCCAAGAAACUCAAGGAGUACGGCAGCCUACUCAAUGAGGUUAAGGAACUGAGAGACUUCAACCGCAGGCUACAGGACGUCCUCUUAAUGAGACUGGGCAGUGAGCCUAUGCAUGACAAUGGAACUCAGACAAUCAAGGCUGAAGUGGUCGAACCCAUUGUGGAGGUUCAGGACACAUGUCGAGAAGAGGCCAACACCAGCUCCAGCUACUCCCCCUCCCCUAGGACAGUCUACACCUGCAACGAUGGGAAGGUCCACCUAGGUGGGGGGAUCUGGGUUGAGGAGGAGAAGUGGCACCAGCUACAGCGCACACAGGGAGACUCAAAGUUCACCAAGAACCUGGCUGUGAUGAUCUGGGGCACUGAAACACUGAAGAACCGUAGUGUGACUGGAGUGGCCACCAAAAAGAAGAAAGAUGCCCUGCCCAAACCUCCAUUGUCCCCCAGCAAGCUUAAAAUAGUCAGAGAGUGUCUCUACGACAGAGUGUCCCAAGAGACAGCUGACAGUGCAGAGAUCACACAGAGAUUGUCCAAAGUGAACAAAUACAUUUGUGAAAAAAUCAUGGACAUCAAUAAGUCCAUCAAGAAUGAGGAGCGGCGGGAGUCCAAGCUGCUGAUCAGACAGACAGUCAAGAUGGAAAACUACACCUAUGAUGGCAUGUAGUGACCACUGUGGUCCAAGCCUUCUGCCCAAACCACCAGUGUGUAGAGGACUCAGCAUGGUGGGUUUGGGGGAGUUUUGUCAUCUUAUUUUAUUUUUUCUACACCAUUUGCUUGGUUCAUAGGCAAACCAUGUUAUGGCUCUAGUGAUAGCAAGAAUCCAUCCCCUUCGGUGGCGAACAAUUUGGCAGCAGACAGCUUUACCCAGCAGUCACUAAACGUGAACUGUACAAUGUGAGCAUGGGUGAGUGUUUGAUAAGCUUGGAGAGGAACAGAGAUGUGCUGUACUGGUCCAGAGCUAUGUAUUUUGUCCUGAGUGAUAAGAUGUCAAUGUUAAAUUAAUUAUUGUUCUGUGUCAGAACAUAAACUUUUAAGCUUUUAAAAAGUGUGUCCCUAAAGACAAAGUCGUUUAAAUCUGUCCAGACAAUGAUGCUGCCUUUUAAAAGGUCUUAGACGUAAACAGUCCGUGACACCCAGGGAUUGUCUGGCUGCGUUUUUGGUACCUCCCACAAUGGGCAUCAGGGUCAUGAAUGUCCAUAUUUGAAUCAGUUAUAGCCAUAUUUCUUCUCUAAACUUGACAUUAAUGCUCUGAGAGAUUUUCAUAUUGCCCCUUAACUAAUAUACAAUGACUUUCCCUUUUGGUUUAAGAGAGCACAAUCAUGAUGUAAAGCCUGUGUGUUCUUACUGAAAGUUUACUGUUAAAUACACUGUUGGUACAUGCGUGGCGUACAGAAAGGCCUUAAAGGAUGUGAAAAUGCUCAAGGUCUGUGUGGCCUGAGUAUUUAAUAAGCUGUGAUUGUAGAUGAAUAGAAAGCUGAAGCACUUUGCAGUGAGAAUGUGGAGAAGUCAGGUACUAUUGUGUGACACACACUCACUAUUAGACUGAGCCAGCCUGAGCUGUCCUGCUGUCAGAACACUCUGCAGCUCAGGACAAAGAGGACAGUGUGUGGAAACCAGGGCACAGCUCAGCGCGGCUCAGGUCAUCCUAUGUGAGAGUAGUGGUAGCUGUGGGUAAAGCUGUCUGAAACUCUAUUUGGCUGUUAAAAUUGUCUGGGCCAGCCCAAGCCUAUAAUAAGCCUGUGUUUUAAAGCAAGCCACUCAAGACAAAGUAAGGUCGCUCCAGUGACUAUUUCCUCUCGAGCCAUGUCACAAGAACUUUUAAAACAACCUUAUAUACUUUUUAGAUGUUUUCUUUUUUCAAUUUCUUUAUUUUUUUGAUCCAAAAGGGUUUGCUCGGCUGUCUGCAGGCUGGAACUAAAUGCAGCAGAUUGAAAUCUCUACUGUGACCUAGCUGUGGCUAACUGUGAAUCUGAGCAGAGCCUUUCAUCGUCACACUCACCCCAAGAGUUGUUCUUUGUUUUACUUCCCCUGUCCUUUCUCUCUGUUUUUUUCCAUUCUUCAGACCAGCCUUUUUCAUUUCCUGUGUUUUUAGAUGUUCAUUGUACAUAAGAGACAUUUUAGUUCUAGUGUCUGGUUAUGUUCUCAUUCAGUCCAUUCUAGCUCUUAUUCAUAUUUACUUUUCUCUUGUCUUUUUACACUUUUUAAUUUUGUAUUGGAAUUAUUUUUGGCUUUAUGCUUGCUAUAAUGUCCACAUGGUGACAUUUUUACCAUAGAAACACAAAAUGCCACAUCCAAAUACUUGUCUAAGAAUGGACACACAAGUUCCAAAAACCCUCUGGACAGUUUUACUAAAUUAAGCCAAAUUAAAACCACCACUUUAGAAUCUAUCUGAUAAAUAAUAUAGACAAACCAUUGUGCUUGUGGCACUGAGACGAAGUAGUUAGAUCAAUACAAAUCAUCAACCUAAAAUGCACUUUACGGUUGUGGGGAAUUUGAUGAAUUUUAAAUGUGUUGUUUAAUUUCUUAUAGAUUAAGGCCUAACAAUCAAUGUAUUAUCAUGAAGCACCUUAGGCUAUUGUUUUGUAUGGUAAAAAUAAGAACGGGCCGCUUUUGCAAAUCAACAGGCCCCGUCAACUAUCAGUACUUAAUAAUAAUGUACUUAAAUGUUUGGGGUGUUUUGGCUCCUCUUGAGCCCCCUGAACAAUAAAUAAUUACUGUUAAAUGCUAAACUUGGCAAAUUGACAAAGUGCGGCCAUAUUUAGCUUUAUGAGUCCAAAAGAUUUUGUAUGUUGUAUGAAUUGUGCACAGUGACUGUAAUGUGUGCUUUAACUUAAUGUGUCAAGAUGCUGGGAUGUGUAGCUGAUUCUGUAGAGUUGAGUGCGUAUUUUUACAAUGAAAUGGUAACUGUAAGCCAAAGUAUUGAAUGCUGAGAUCAAGGGGGUGCUGACUGAGGGAUGAGCAAGGUUUGCACAAAAAAGCCAAUGCCAAUUAAUAAUGUUAACAAUGGCAUAUUCUCAAUGAUAUUUUAAUGGUUUCUUCUAGUGUCCCUCUCAGUGUCCCUUAGCUUUUGUUUUCCCUGUGUAAAGGGUUUACUCGCAUAGGCAUGUGUUAAAAUACAUGCAACUCAAGAAAAAGCAAAGAAUUCUGCUGUGCAAAUCAAGCGCGCUUUCUGAUCCGUCUUGUAUUGUAACUGUGUUUGUUUCUUUGUUGUCCAAUGCCAAAAGGGGGUGUGGUUUAAGUAAUGCUUUAACAGCAUUCAUAGAGCUAUUACAUUGUGUGAAAUGUCAACUUGUUUUUCAAAUCUAGAAUCCUGGAGUGCAAUUAAGCCUAAUCCUUUAACUUAAACCAUCUUUAGAGGAUGAGCCUCUAUGGAAACCCACAUGUUUUAACCUAGAUUUUGCCUAAGCUUCAAUGGCACGGCCAGUCUCUGAAUUCUCUAAACAUACAAAAGACUUGGAGAAGAGCAGCUUAGUGUAUUUGAACAUGGAGCAGUACAGGUGAAAUCAGUGCAUUGUAGACGAGUUUGACCUUUGAACUCAAUGGCAGAGCUCUUUGCCGCUCACUGUCAAACUCAAGUAGCGAUAGGCAGGAAAAGUAACCUCAUGGCACCGUGGCCCACGUCACUGCCACAUCUUAUUCCUGACAUUUCUCUGGACUGGAUUUGAAAGUGCACAUGUAUCUACUGGCUCUGGUGUGGCCAAACGCAGCACGUUGUCUUUGAGCCUCAGAUACACACUUGUUGGAAAUGAGAAACUGAGGAACACACUGUUAGGACUAUGUAGAAUAGUCUUAAGCUAUCAGUAACUUUGUAUACAAUCCACAAACCGGUUCUACUUCAUCUUACUUCACCGUCCUACCUCAUUGUUACUCUGGUGUUUGUCAGUGACUGUAAACUAUGUGUGUAUAGUAUAAAAAUAUAUAGAAACAAACGUUAUACCUGAUUACUCUCAACAUGUACAGCUUAUACAACUUGUAAAACACCUCAGUACACAAUAUCAUUCUUAGGAAAAGUCCGUUUUAUUACUUGCUUCUAAAUGCUGCUGUACGGGGGUGUCCGCGUGAGGGUCGUCUCUGGGUAUAUAUCUCUGCUCUUUGCUCUGUCGUGCAGUGGAACUUGGUGGUUGUAUUCUGUCUCUGUAACGCAUUCUGAGAUUUUUACUGGUUGACGGUGCUACCAGCAAACAGUUCAAACAUGAUCUGUAUCUCGGACCUCAAAUGGUGCUGUUUUUCUAUGUUUUUAUCCUUAUACACCUCUCUGUGUUAAUAUUCAGGUGUGUCAACUGCUACUUUCCCCUCAGCUUAAUCAAUCUGUAACUAAUUUUCAAAGCCAAAAUAUUUCGCUAAAUGAUAACCCUGCUCUUAUUGUACCUGCUAUAUGCUAUCCAUCCAAAUAUUGUAGAUAGUUACUACUAUAUCCUCAGCUGUGAGUUUCACAAGUACCUCAAACAUUUUCAAUGGAUGCAUCUGCUCCUAUAACACCUCUUGUCUACCAGUACCCUACCGUUGCAGUAUAUUUAGAUAUAUGCAUUUUAAUAGAUCAGGUUACACUCUAUAGUUCACCAGAUAAGCUCACUUUCCGACUAAUCUAAUGGAUACCACUGUUCACUAGCGAUGAGUUGUCUAUGAAUUUGAAUACAUCUUGUAACAUGGAGAUUCCCUUGGCAGUUUCCAGGUUUCCUCCAAAAUUCUUUGCAAUCUAGUACUUUUUAUAUCAAAUGUAAAAUGUGCUCAGGAUUGGCUAAAUGUGAGCUUAAAUCAUAUACAUGGCUGUACAGAAGUGGUGCCAAUGGAAUCUUUCUGUCUUCUCUGUGUUGUCUAUUUGUUUUUUUGUAACGCUAAGAGGAAACAAGCUGGGGAAAUCCUCUUUACUGUGAGCAGUGUGUGAAAAAAAGAAAAAAAUACAAGCACUUAAGCCAUUCGUUGGACUGUUGCUCUGGUCCAGGGAGAGAUUACGUGUGUGACUUUCUAUGCAGGUGCUGCGUUGUGAUCACCUGGUACCACAUCACUGUUGGGUGACGGGGAGUCAGGGAGAACCUUUUUGAAUGUGUCUGCACAGCCUUGAGAUUGUGAAUGAGACAAUGGCGACAUGACAAAUCCAUGCAGAACUUGUACAACAUGUGUAAAGUAACCAGCUGUGGGUGUGUGGCUCUAACAGGGUUCUUACUGUAUGGUGUGAUAAUGUGAAGCCGUUUGCAGGAAAUGCUCCCUCACCCACUUAAAGCCUCUCAAGGCAACCAAACAUGAACAAUGUGAUUAGUAUUUGCCAUAUUAGAGUGUACAUGUCUUUGCUAAACCGGCCACACCUCUGCUAACGCGAACAACUCCUUGACGCUUAGCAUCCUGUUCUGUGUAUCUCUUGCUGCAUUCAGGAGCACCUGUUUAAUGUAUAGAUAAACAAAUAAAUCAAACUUUUAUUCAAUCA